CUGGCCGUUCCACUCAGUCCUCCUCACUAGUCACUUCCAUCUUUCUGUUUCUUUUACCAGAAGAAGCGGAAGAGUUUUCACCUUUUCCUUCUCUUUUGCGUUUCUAAACCACCAACAAAACAAAACCCAUCAAAAUUGUUCCUCCAUCUUCCCCCAUUCAUUAGCUUCACUGUUUGAGUUUCUCUUCUGCAACUUUACCAUCUCUCUUCUCUAUCGACAUAGUCAUACCUCUUUCUGUUAACCCUAGACUUUAUUCCUCGCUCUCAUCCCUAAAAUGUCUAAUAUGAGUCGUCAUCCAGAAGUUUUGUGGGCUCAGCGAUCUGACAAGGUUUACUUGACAGUUGCUUUACCUGAUGCAAAAAAUGUCUCUGUAAAGAGCGAGCCUCAAGGGUUAGUCAGUUUCUCUGCUAAGGGCAAGGAGGGUGAGAAAUUUGACUUCAGUCUGGAACUAUACGGAACCAUAAAUCCUGAGGGUUGCAAGACAAAUAUUGGAUUACGGAAUAUAAUCUGUUCAAUCCAGAAAGAGCAGAAGAGUUGGUGGAAGAGACUGCUGAAGUCAGAUGUGAAGCCUGCUCCUUACAUUAAGGUUGAUUGGAACAAGUGGUGUGAUGAGGAUGAGGAAGAGUCAGAAGAGUCUGACCUUGCCUCAGAAGAUGAUAUUGCCAAGGGAGUGGAUGAAGACGAGAGUAGCGACGAUGACGGAAUGCUGUAUCUUCCAGACUUGGAGAAAGCUCGGCGGAGUUAAAGCCUCCAUUUAAGUAGGGAGAUGGAGAUGGAGAUGGAGCAGUCCCAGGCUUUAUCAAUAAAGAACCAAGCACUGAAUACGUCCGCCCUACUCUUUUUUCAGCUUUUUGCGUGCACUCACUUGCAUCAGGCACGGCUUUCAUAGAGGGGAUCUAAUAGCACGAACUUUUUGGGAUCAAUUACCUCAUAGGUUAAAUCAUUUUGUAAAAAUACCACACCUAGGUCUAACAUAGCUAUGUUACUACUUGGUAGAUCUAUUACUCCAGUUCUCAAAUUUGGCCCUCUUGGGGGCUGUACUACUUCAUCUCGGCAUUUUUGUGGUCAGCUUGCCAACUUUAUUAUCUUAUUUUCCGCUUGCCAACUUUGCUUCCUCUUGGCAUUUUGUGGUCAGCUUGCCAACUUUAUUAUCUUAUUUUCCGCUUGCCAACUUUACUUCA